GUGCGGCGCUCCUCACUGCCGCGGCGCCUGCAUCAGCCCUUCCGCCUCUCCUCCCUCGCCACGGCGGCAGUUCCGCCGCGUAUGCCGCUCUGGCGAGGCCCCUGAGGUUAAAGGGGAAGACCGUCCAGAAAUACGUGACCAAGCUGUAUCCCACUAAGCUCAACGGGAAAUUAGUCGGCGACAAAGGUGCAUCGGGGAAAUUUGUCAUCAAGGCAGUGAG